AAGGUUACCCAAGCAAAAAUCGGAUAAGAAAAUCAGCCCAAGUAACUACUUUUAACGGCUAAGAAACAAACAAACACACACACACUCUCUCUCUCUCAUUUCCGGGGCUCACCGGUCGACAACCGCCGCCGGAUGGACAGUAAUCCAUCCAACUAGUCCACCGUCAAUGGCCACCGCGACACUUGUCCCACUGGUACCCCUUACGCCGUCAAAUUCAACCCUGCGUCAAUGUCCUAAACAGUACUCUUUGUCGAAAUCCCUCAUUACUCCAACACUUCUAGAAACUCCGUCGCCGUUUUCUCGAAGUUCGAGGAUUUCCAAAAGGGAUUCGAAGAGGCUAUUUGCGGUUUCGUCAAUGGCCGAUUUGAACGGUGGCACAGUCCUUGUUACAGGCGCUGGCGGUAGAACUGGACAAAUUGUUUAUAGGAAGUUGAAGGAGAGGACAGAUCAGUAUGUUGCAAGAGGUUUGGUCAGAACGGAGGAGAGCAAGGAGAAAAUUGGUGGUGCAGAUGAUGUUUUUGUUGGGGAUAUAAGGAAUGUUGACAGUAUUGUUCCUGCGAUCCAAGGUAUUUAUGCUCUCAUAAUUCUUACGAGUGCUGUGCCAAAAAUGAAACCUGGGUUUGACCCAAGUAAAGGUGAGAGGCCUGAAUUCUACUUUGAAGAUGGAGCAUUUCCAGAACAGGUUGACUGGAUUGGGCAGAAGAAUCAAAUAGAUGCUGCUAAAGCUGCAGGAGUGAAGCAAAUUGUUCUUGUUGGGUCCAUGGGAGGCACAAAUACUAGCAACCCCUUGAACAGCAUAGGAAAUGGAAAUAUUUUGAUUUGGAAGAGAAAGGCUGAACAGUAUCUGGCUGACUCUGGAAUCCCAUACACUAUUAUCAGGGCUGGAGGCCUGCAAGACAAAGAAGGCGGUAUUCGGGAAUUACUUAUUGGAAAGGAUGAUGAGCUUCUACAGACAGAAACAAGGACUAUUGCCAGGGCUGAUGUUGCGGAAGUCUGCGUUCAGGCACUACAGUUUGAGGAGGCCAAAUUUAAGGCAUUUGACUUGGCCUCAAAGCCUGAGGGCACUGGCACACCGACAAAGGAUUUCAAGGCUCUGUUUGCCCAAAUAACUACUCGUUUUUGAUAAACAACUAGCAAUGCAUUCCAGAUCGACUUUGUCCAAAUAACUACUCGUUUUUGAUAAAUAACUAGCAAUGCAUUCCAGACUUUGUUAUUCAUCAUCGGAUGUAGUUAUUGAGAACCAUAUUAUCCACCUCAUUGUACACUUUUUGACCUCAAAUAAAGAAAGAAAAGUUUGGGCUUAGGUUCCCUCAAGCA